AUGGGUAAAGUGGCUGUUGGUGCGACGGUUGUUUGCGCUGCGGCGGUCUGCGCGGCGACGGUGUACGUCGUGCGGCGGAGGAUGAAAAGCUCCGGGAAAUGGGGGCGUGUGAUAGAGAUCCUGAAGGUGUUCGAGGAGGAUUGCGCGACGCCGAUAGGGAAGCUGAGACAAGUGGCUGAUGCGAUGACGGUGGAGAUGCACGCGGGUCUCGCAUCCGAAGGUGGAAGCAAGCUUAAGAUGCUUAUUAGCUAUGUUGAUAAUCUUCCUUCUGGGGAUGAACAGGGUUUCUUUUACGCACUAGACUUAGGUGGAACAAACUUCCGUGUCAUGCGUGUGCUUCUUGGUGGCAAACAAGACCGUGUUGUCAAACAAGAAUUCGAAGAACUCUCAAUCCCUCCUCCUUUGAUGACCGGUUCUUCAGAUGAGUUGUUCAAUUUUAUCGCCGAAGCGCUUGCAAAGUUUGUGGCUACGGAAGGAGAGGACUUUCAUCUUCAAGCGGGUAGACAGAGGGAGUUAGGUUUCACUUUCUCGUUUCCGGUUAAGCAGACAUCUUUGUGCUCUGGCACUCUUAUCAACUGGACAAAGGGCUUCUCCAUCGAGGAUGCAAUUGGACAAGAUGUUGUGGGAGAGCUUAUCAAAGCUAUGGAAAGAGUUGGACUUGACAUGAAUGUCACAGCGCUUGUUAAUGAUACGGUUGGAACACUUGCUGGUGGUAGAUACUAUAACCCUGAUGUUGUUGCUGCUGUUAUUCUAGGCACUGGAACAAAUGCAGCUUAUGUCGAACGUGCAAAUGCCAUUCCUAAAUGGCAAGGCUUACUUCCUAAAUCAGGAGAAAUGGUGAUCAACAUGGAGUGGGGAAAUUUCAGGUCAUCACAUCUUCCCUUGACCGAGUAUGACCACUCGCUGGAUUUUGAGAGUCUGAAUCCUGGUGAACAGAUUCUAGAGAAAAUCAUAUCUGGUAUGUAUUUGGGAGAAAUCUUGCGUAGAGUUCUUCUGAAAAUGGCUGAAGAGGCUGCUUUCUUUGGCGACUCUAUCCCGCCUAAGUUGAAAGUACCAUUCAUCAUAAGGACCCCAACCAUGUCUGCUAUGCACAGCGACACUUCUCCCGAUUUGAAGGUUGUCGGAAGCAAGUUAAAGGACAUACUGGAGGUCCCCACAACUUCACUGAAGAUGAGAAAAGUUGUGAUCAGUCUCUGUAACAUCAUUGCCACCCGAGGAGCUCGUCUCUCUGCAGCUGGGAUCUACGGAAUCCUCAAGAAACUAGGAAGAGACGCACCGAAAGAUGGAGAGACAACACAGAAAUCUGUAAUUGCCAUGGACGGUGGACUGUUCGAGCACUACACUCAGUUCAGCGAGUGUAUGGAGAGCUCACUGAAAGAGUUGCUUGGAAAUGAAGCAUCAGAUAGCGUUGAGGUGAUUCAUUCGAAUGACGGGUCUGGCGUUGGAGCUGCAUUGCUCGCUGCCUCGCACUCUCAGUACCUCGAGGACUCCGAAACAAGUUAAUUUAAAAAGAAGGUUUCGACUUCCAAGCAUGGAAGGUAAAGAAGACCUUUGUGAUUUUUUUGUUUGCCCAUUAUUGAGGAUUUUUGUUUUUUUUUUUUGUUAUCAUUGUUCAGGAACAAUUAAAAUAAACCAUCCUGGAUAAUCUUCUUCAGGCUAUGGCAAAUUUCAAAAACAAGCCAAUGUUGUAGAACUAUAUAUUUCAUAGUUCUAUAUAUAGAUUGACCUUAUUUCAUGUUUUUUUUACUGAUCUUGAGUUCAGCAUUUUG